GUCUCGAGGCACAGUCCUGCUCCCUCCUCGGGAGGGACCCCAGCCGAGGUGGAGAACCAGCACCCGCGAGCCGCAGGGACGCGCGCCGCCGACCAUGGAGCUGGCCGGCCCCAGCUCCGGACGGCCGCAGCAGCAGCAGCGGGACCAGGACUCGGUCGAAGCGUGGCUGGACGAUCACUGGGACUUUGCCUUCUCUUACUUUGUUAGAAAAGCCACCAGAGAAAUGGUCAAUGCAUGGUUUGCUGAGAGAGUUCACACCAUCCCUGCGUGCAAGGAAGGCAUCAGAAGCCACACUGAAUCUUGCUCUUGCCCCUUGCAGCAGAGUCCUCGGUCAGAUAACAGUGCCCCUGCAACACCAACCAGGAAGAUCUCCGCCUCUGAAUUUGACCGGCCUCUUAGACCCAUUGUUGUCAAGGAUUCUGAGGGAACUGUGAGCUUCCUUUCUGACUCAGAAAAGAAGGAACAGAUGCCUCUAACCCCCCCACGGUUUGAUAAUGAUGAAGGUGACCAGUGCUCAAGACUCUUGGAAUUAGUGAAAGAUAUUUCUAGUCAUUUGGAUGUCACAGCCUUAUGUCACAAAAUUUUCUUGCAUAUCCAUGGACUCAUCUCUGCUGACCGCUAUUCCCUGUUCCUUGUCUGUGAGGACAGCUCCAAUGAUAAGUUUCUCAUCAGCCGCCUCUUUGAUGUUGCUGAAGGUUCAACACUGGAAGAAGCUUCGAAUAACUGCAUCCGCUUAGAAUGGAACAAAGGCAUUGUGGGACAUGUGGCAGCACUCGGUGAGCCGCUGAACAUCAAAGAUGCGUAUGAGGAUCCUCGGUUCAAUGCAGAAGUUGACCAAAUUACAGGCUACAAGACACAAAGUAUUCUUUGUAUGCCAAUUAAGAAUCAUAGGGAAGAGGUUGUUGGUGUAGCCCAGGCCAUCAACAAGAAAUCAGAAAAUGGUGGGACAUUCACUGAGAAGGAUGAAAAGGACUUUGCUGCUUAUUUGGCAUUUUGUGGUAUUGUUCUUCAUAAUGCUCAACUCUAUGAGACUUCACUGCUGGAGAACAAGAGAAAUCAGGUGCUGCUUGACCUUGCUAGCUUAAUUUUUGAAGAACAACAAUCAUUAGAAGUAAUUCUGAAGAAAAUAGCUGCCACAAUUAUUUCUUUCAUGCAGGUGCAGAAAUGCACAAUCUUCAUAGUGGAUGAAGAUUGCUCUGAUUCUUUUGCUAGUGUGUUUCACAUGGAAUGUGAGGAAUUAGAAAAAUCAUCUGAUAAUUUAACAAGGGAACGUGAUGCAAACAAAAUCAAUUACAUGUAUGCUCAGUAUGUCAAAAAUACUAUGGAACCACUUAAUAUCCCAGAUGUCAGUAAGGACAAAAGAUUUCCCUGGACAAAUGAAAAUACAGGAAAUGUAAACCAGCAGUGCACUAGAAGUUUGCUUUGUACACCUAUAAAAAAUGGAAAGAAGAAUAAAGUCAUAGGGGUUUGCCAACUUGUUAAUAAGAUGGAGGAGAAUACUGGCAAGGUUAAGCCUUUCAACCGAAAUGAUGAACAGUUUCUGGAAGCUUUUGUCAUCUUUUGUGGCUUGGGGAUCCAGAACACACAGAUGUAUGAAGCAGUGGAGAGAGCCAUGGCCAAGCAGAUGGUCACGUUAGAGGUUUUGUCAUAUCAUGCUUCAGCGGCAGAGGAAGAAACAAGAGAGCUCCAGUCUUUAGCGGCUGCCGUGGUACCAUCUGCCCAGACCCUUAAAAUUACUGACUUCAGCUUCAGUGACUUUGAGCUGUCUGAUCUGGACACAGCAUUGUGCACAAUUCGGAUGUUCACUGACCUCAACCUUGUGCAGAACUUCCAGAUGAAACAUGAGGUUCUUUGCAGAUGGAUUUUAAGUGUUAAGAAGAAUUAUCGGAAGAAUGUUGCCUAUCAUAAUUGGAGACAUGCCUUUAAUACAGCUCAGUGCAUGUUUGCUGCACUAAAAGCAGGCAAACUUCAGAACAAGCUGACUGACUUGGAGAUACUUGCACUGCUGAUUGCUGCACUAAGCCACGAUUUGGAUCACCGUGGAGUGAAUAAUUCUUACAUACAGAGAAGUGAGCACCCACUUGCUCAGCUCUACUGCCAUUCAAUCAUGGAACACCAUCAUUUUGACCAGUGCCUGAUGAUUCUUAAUAGUCCAGGGAAUCAGAUUCUCAGUGGCCUCUCCAUUGAAGAAUAUAAGACCACGUUGAAAAUAAUCAAGCAAGCUAUUUUAGCUACAGACCUAGCACUAUACAUUAAGAGGCGUGGAGAAUUUUUUGAACUUAUAAGAAAAAAUCAAUUCAAUUUGGAAGAUUCUCAUCAAAAGGAGUUAUUUUUAGCAAUGCUGAUGACAGCUUGUGAUCUUUCUGCAAUUACAAAACCCUGGCCUAUUCAACAACGGAUAGCAGAACUUGUAGCAACUGAAUUUUUUGAUCAAGGAGACAGAGAGAGAAAAGAACUCAACAUAGAGCCCACCGAUCUAAUGAACAGGGAGAAGAAAAACAAAAUCCCAAGUAUGCAAGUUGGGUUCAUAGACGCCAUCUGCUUGCAACUAUAUGAGGCCUUGACCCAUGUAUCAGAGGACUGUUUCCCUUUGCUGGAUGGCUGCAGAAAGAACAGGCAAAAAUGGCAGGCCCUUGCAGAACAGCAGGAGAAGAUGUUGAUUAAUGGGGAAAGCAGCCAGGCCAAGCGGAACUGAGUGGCCUAUUUCAUGCAGAGCUGAAGUUUGCCGAGAUGGUGUAUUCUGCAGUAUGUGUAGUUUUGCUAUACACUGUACAGAUGUGGUGUAUACUUUGCCACUGCUGCAUUUUUAUUUUUGCACAACUUUUGAGAGCAUAAUAGCAUGAUGUUUUUAGAGGACUAUUACAAAUUCUGUUUAUUUGUUUUAUGCCACUGAACUGAUACAAUCAACACCCUCUCUUAGCACACUGAUAAGAGCCCUGUUUGUGAUAUUUUGUGUACUGCAGAGAACAAGUAGCAUUCUUGCACUGAGGUUGUUUUUUGCUUGGGGAUUUUAAAUAAUUGGUUUUGUAUUUUCUGAAUUACCAUGCUUUGAGGAAUCUUUCCUUUCUCAAAAGUAGGAUAGGAGCAAAUUGAAUAUCAUCUGUGACAUUUGAAGCCUUCAUAGGAUAGAAAAAAAAUAUUGGCUGAGUGGAUUUUAAGGAGAAAAAGUGUAUUUGUCAACAACAUCUUAAAAAGAUAAGGUACUUUGAAACAAAUGGAAAAUACUAUGAGGCAAUACUGUAAAGAAAACAUUACAAGUAUUUUAUUUGCUGUUUUUGUGAGAACAGGCAAGAGAGAACUUUCUCAUUUCAGUGCAGUACAUUUAUCCAAAGGCUAUCCAUAAAAUCACUUCAAUCUAACCUAUCUGAUAUAAAGCGAGGGAAACCUUAGAAGAUCCAGUCACUGAUUUUGUUGGAAAGGUCAGUGUAAUCCAGAAAUAGAAUGUCCAUGGACAUCUAUGAGCAAAGAGAAAUGUUCUGUUGGAAUAGAUCCUUCAGAGUCAGUGUUUUGAAUAUUGAACUUCCUUUUAAAAAUAAUUUUCUCAUCUUUUACCUCCUUACCAACCACGGUUUGUAAGUCAACAGCUUAAAUCUCAACAGGAAAGUGAGAAAAAAGUGAUAAUUAGACCAUUUACCUGAAGUGUGAUAUGACUAUAGAUAGGAGAGUAAAAAAUGAAUCUUUUUUUCCUCUGUCAAGUGAAGUAUAGAGAAAAGUUUUAAUUAUAUAAACAGCAAAAGGCUAUCCCCAAUAUUGGGGUCAAAAAUGAAUUUGAGGGAUCAAUAAGGUAAGAAACCUUAUGCCUGAAUAAGCAGCAUUGCAAUUAAGAAACUGCCAUAUUUUGGUUUAUAGGACAGGUCAACCCACAGUCACCAAAGUUUGGGUGUGUACCCUAAACACUGGCCCUUAGCUUGUUAGUCGGUGGUAUUUCCUUUCCAUAGCUUUUAGUAC